AUGAAUAACCAUGGCAACAGCAGCAGCACCAGCAGCAGGAGGAGAAGCGCUGUUAUAAACAUUACAACGGCGCGCAAUCAUCCCGCAAAACAGCGACUUGUGAGUGGACAAAGGCUGGAGCAGAGAGAGCCCACGGUGGACAGCACUCUACAUCACUGCUAAGGUGAUGAGUGGGAUUAUAUCAUGUCUGAAGUACAGGGAACACUGGAGUUUUCUGUCCAGCUGCACAAGUUUCACAAUGUGGAUCUGUUUCAGCGAGGGUUCUACCAGGUUCGAGCAGGGUUAAAGGUCUCACCUCGAGUGCCCCACAGGUUAAUAGCGACAACUCAAGACAACGCAGGAGAAUGCAGCUUCAGCUCUGCAGGGGUUUACGACGGCGCCGUGUUCAGCCGGAUAUUUCAGAUCCUGUACAGAAACGAGGAGAUUGCGGUGAAUGACUGCAUGGUCUUCAAAGUCCACCUGCUACUGGACGGAGAAAGGGUGGAGGAAGCGCUGAGUGAGGUGGACUUCCAGCUGAGGCUGGAUCUUCAUUUCACUGACAAUGAGCAGCAGCUGGAGGAGAUCCUGACUGUGCCGCUGAUCAGCAGUCGCACCCUCAGUCUUCACUUCCACCCCCGUAAAGGCCUCCACCACCACGUCCCCGUCAUGUUCGACUACUUCCACCUGUCGGUCAUCUCUGUGUCCAUACACGCCUCACUGGUUUCCUUACAUCAGCCACUGAUCAGCUUUGCUCGUACAGGGAAGGGCUCUUGGCUCGGGAAGAGUUCACCAGAGAGCCCCAGUGACCCGUCUGCCAUGUCUGUGGAGAACCUUGUGUUUGGCGCUGGUUACUGUAAACCUGUCAAUUCUGAGGGAAGCUUUUAUGUGCCCAGUGAAAACUGCCUGCAGAGAGCUCACACGUGGCAUCGUAGGCUGUGUCGCCUCCUGUUGGUGGCUUUCAGAGGUCUGCACACCUACUACACUGCACUGAUGAAGGAGAUCCCACAGCUGCAGCAGUCUGCGCUCGAUGCAGAUGUGCUGCCGGUCGAAGAAACUCUCAAUCAGCUCACGAUAGAAUUACAGCUGCAGGAGGGCCCCGAGAAGGUAGCAGAGCAGAUCAGCAGAGACGUGAGUCAGCUCUGCUCCCAGCUGGCUGCUCUGUGGAGCCGCUUCCUGGAUGCUGCUGUGCUCAACCCCCACAUCCUCUCCCAUCUGGUCCAGGAGCACCACACGCUCAGGGUCAGGAGGUUCUCCGAGGCUUACUUCUUCACGGAACACUCCAAAGAGAUAUCGCUUACUUUCCAAGAGGAAUUAAUCAACAGACACGGCCAGAUCGCUGCAGAAGUGCGGAACUCGGACUACCUGACCAAGAUGCCUCCUUUACCGGUCGAGUGCCUGGACAUCGAUGGAGACUGGAACAGCCUGCCCAUUAUCUUUGAGGACAGAUAUGUGGAGUCUCCACAAACAGAGAGGGCAUCACACGUGCCUGCAACUUCUGAGAAGCAGAGCACUUCAGAUCCAGUCAGCAUAUUGUCCAAAAAGACUUAUAAAAGCAGCCAGGGAGCCAGAUCACCAGCGACACAUUCAGAUCCCUUGGACAGUGAUGAUUGUAUUGACCUGCCCACGUACGUCUCCUUCAUAGCGGAGCAGAGUAAAACUCACACCAACAUCAGACGUGUUCAGAGUCCAGUUCCUCCUGAGGACAGAGCUAAAAUCCCAGCUCAGUCGGACGCAGAACCCUUGAAGGAACCCACAGAAAAACAGGGCCUGGUUGAGGAGAACUGUAAUUCAGCCCUGAGAUACAUCACAGUCGAGCCUUGUGACGUGGAUCCCUGCCGAGGCCAAACGGUUCACACUCCACUCACACUCUCCACGAACAGCAAUUAUGAGUCGUCUCAUCACGAUGCCAAAAACCAGAGAAAUGCAAGAGAGAGUGAACACGAUGAGAAGGCGUCUGACGUCGCCAAACCCUUAAAUCCCUCCUUGAAUGGUGAGAGUGAGGAUCUUCCUCUCCUCAGCCUGCCCACCGUGCAUGUACAUCCGGUAAUAUCUGCCUUACCAGGUGAUCUCAGAAAAGAGGCGACUCACCGCGGAGGCCUGGUUAACUCCAAGAUCAUGAAGCGCUCGUCCUCGGUUAUUUCCGACUCAGGUAUAGAGAGUGAGCCCAGCUCCGUGGCAUGGCCCGUGGACGCUGCGCAGCGUGGACGACCAACACUGGACUUCUGCAACGAACGGGAGUUCUCACAGCAGAUAGUUUGUCUCCACCCGGUCCACCGCAGUUCUCUGGAAGGCCUGCAGAUGGAGAGUAACGGCAGCCUUCCGAGCGCUGGCAUCCAGGCUUCACUCACCUCCAUCAGCUCCCUGCCCUAUGAGGAGGACCAGCAACUGAGGCAGCUCAGCAAACUGACCAAGUCAGUCUCAGCACCACAGAUAAGCAGUCCAGAAGAUGCUGAAGAGGACCACAUGUUGCUAAACCAGGAAGCAGAUCCGAAGAGCUUAUUGAAACACCAGGAACUCUGUAAGAACAGCUCUUCCCUGAUCAGCAACCUCGAUUCAGAGCGAUCGGAGUCGUCUCUGUUAGAAACAAGUUCAGCUACAAACGUUGUCGAGGAGUACGGUCGAUGUGAGACGAACACGUCCGACGUGUCUGUAGAAGGCCGUCAUGCGACAGAACGCGACGGCGAGAACACAGCCAGUGUGUCAGCGGAGGACGUGCAUCUCACUGAAUCAGAGGCAGUGCCCUGCAGCUGUGUGCAUGAAAGUGCCAACCGUUUCCAUGAGUCUUUAGUGGAUGCUGACCAGGACCAGGACCAGGACCAGGAGGGUCUGGACUCAUCUGAAACACCACUCGAGUUUUCUAACAAUCCACAUAACAGCAGCACCACCACAGCGCAGAGGCCCAGUGACCUCGCCGGGCUCACAGAAGGUGAUAUGGUAUCACCGUUUGACCUCAAUGGGAUCUCAUCCAGUGAGAAAGAGCCAUUGGACGGUCAGACGAAGUCUUCUAAGAUCCCCAACUCGGGUCUGUCGUUCGUAAAUAAAAAGAUGGUGGAGGUGGUGAACAUGUCGGUGUCCUGCGCCCCGACCUGCCUGCCGUUCUCUUCCGUUUUGAGAGACUCUCCGUCCAUCAGCGGAAUGUCGACUCGCCAGGCUACCUCGCCGAUCACCAAUCAGCCGCUCGGCUCCUUUGGGAUCAUCUCCUCGUCUUCUCUCAACCCGCUGAACAUGGACGAGGAGACCAAUGAGCGGAUGCUGAAUUUCUACAAAGCCAAAGAGGAGCUGUUCAAAGAGCUGAGCUUCCCGGCCAGCCUGUACAGCGACCUUCCUCUCCUCGCGUCAGAUCUGCCCUACUUCCCUCCCGAGGAGGACGACGAGGAGUUUGAUGACGGCAUUCAUCUUGUCGUGUGCGUCCACGGGCUUGACGGAAACAGCGCAGAUCUCCGGCUGGUGAAGACGUUCAUUGAGUUAGGGCUCCCGGGAUCCAGGCUGGACUUCCUCAUGUCUGAGAGGAACCAGACCGACACGUUUGCAGAUUUUGACACCAUGACGGACAGGCUGCUGGACGAGAUCAUUCAGCAUAUCCAACUGUACAAUCUCACCAUAGGCAGGAUCAGCUUCAUCGGCCACUCUCUGGGGAACGUCAUCAUCCGCUCGGUGCUGACAAGGCCUCGCUUCCGCUGCUAUCUGCCCAAGCUGCACACUUUCCUCUCGCUGUCGGGCCCACACUUGGGAACGCUGUACAACAGCAGCACGCUGGUCAGCACAGGUCUGUGGUUGAUGCAGAAGCUGAAGAAAUCAGGCUCCCUGCUGCAGCUCACCUUCAGAGAUCACGUCGAUCCACGGAAAACAUUCCUCUAUCUCCUGAGCCAGAAACCAGGUCUCCAGUUCUUCAAGAACGUGGUGUUGGUGGCGUCUCCACAGGACCGCUACGUCCCUUUCCACUCUGCCAGAAUAGAAAUGUGCAAAACCGCUCUCAAAGACAAAACCACAGGACCCGUUUACACCGAGAUGAUCAACAACCUCCUCCAGCCGCUGGUGGAAGCUAAAGAAUGCCAGCUCAUCCGGCAGAACGUGUUUCACGCCCUGCCCAACACGGCCAACACCCUGAUCGGCCGCGCGGCCCACAUCGCCGUCCUGGACUCUGAGCUUUUUCUGGAGAAGUUCUUCUUAGUGGCAGGACUCGACUACUUCAAGUGAAGGAGCCAGGACUUUACCUUCACCUUGUCAAAGUGAAACUUCAUGUAUAUAAUUUCAGGAGCGGGAGAGGUAAGGCCUGUGUACGUGAAUAAGAAAAGAAAAAGGUCAUCAUGUAUUGUGACUGUUUUCAUGAACUCAAAGGUGUGAGUUGAACGUGUAGCCAUGCGAAACAGAACAUCUGACGUCAGACUGCGGAUGUUUCUGUUGGCCUUAUGAACACUUAUGAACAGAUGCUCAUUUUGGUUGAUAGCAUUUAGCGACGAUCGAAGUCCUACCACAUCUUAGGACGGCGGCAACAAAGAUGCAAAGCAUUUAUCCUUUUGAUUGUACAUGAUUUUGUUGUACAAAAACAAACGACGGUCCUUUAUACAGAAAAUAGUAUAUUGUUUAAAUGUAUUUAUUUUUUAAUCUGCUAAUGUCUCUACAGUGUAAGUAUUCCAUCCGAGUGUGACGUCGUCCUCAUUGAAUCCAUCAAAUGAAAUGAAUUUAUGAAAGUGUUAUUAUUCUAUGUAGCCUAGGAUUCAGUGAGGUGAGUCUAAAAAAAAAAAAGAUCUAUAUUUUUUCAUACAUUUCCUUUGAUUCGUUUAUAAUUAACUACAUUCACCCUGAUUGGCCGCACAUUUAGCUCAAUGAGAAUUGUAGUAUAUUUGAUACCAAUGCCAUGUUUCGCCACUUUAUUGACUGUUUGCACACUUUCAUGCUGCGCCUGUCAAACAUGACAAAAACAACCACCUGACACAGUUUACCGCCAAAUAUUAUUUCUGAAGUGAAAUUGCAAGAAAUGAUGCUUUGUGCAAAAGCUGGAGGCGUGAUUUACUCAUUUGGCAUCACAGGGUCAAGUGUGAAGGAUUUAGAGGAAUAUAUCACCACAACAUAAUAUAAUAUAAUAUACUCACUAUUCAUUCCGUGUAUUUGUCAACUUAGAAUGAACCCUUUAUAUUCAUGAGAAGCAGUUCCUCUUCCACAGAAUUCUCCGUGUUGUACCGACCGUGUUCGUACGAGCCGAGAAUGGACCAAAUGCUGGCUCCAGGGAGAGCUUUUUAGGUUUUUAUGCUUCCCUCAGGCCACUGCAAUUUCCCCUCAUAUGCAGUAUAUACACUGGAGAGUGUGAAGAAGGGGGAUAUUUAGAUGAGGCGAGGGCGGAGUGGAGUUGGUAAGCAAAUGCUGCCGGCAGCUGACGGUGAAGAGUAACUCGACGACUUAAGUUCUAAUACUAAUACUGUUCAGCUGUUUGCUUUGCAUAAAUGGAGCCAAAAGAAAUGGAUGAAAUUGAUGUUAAUUCAGAUUUAAAGGAAUACUUCACCAAUUUGCAUUUAGCUUUGUAUUACUAGAAUAGAGAAUAAGAAUAGUAUUUUUGAAAAAUUGUACUUCUCAACCUCAGUUUCCCCAGAGUCGAGAAAACUGACACUUGGUCCGAGGCGUUUUAGACCCACUCGUAGGGGGCGGGACCUCGUUCCCACAAUUUUUCAAAAAUACUAUACAAUAUAAAUACUAUAAAUAAGCUAAAUGCAAAUCUGUGAAGUUUUCCUUUAAGUUUAUAUCAAAACAACAUUGCUAAGACUGGCUUCACUGUAAAGAAAACAGAAACAUAACCUUGUUAGUGGAAGAUUUGACCCCUGCCCUUCAAUUUAAUGAAUGCUUCAUCCUUUAUUGCACUAACACUGUCUCAGUGACAGGACAGCAGGCUUAUGUCAUGUAAUCAGCAGCAAGUUUACUUUACAUACAACGUGAAAAAGGAACUUUUGGUUGAGGGACCAUCAUGUUUUUAACUGUGUUAAAACUCAUCUUCACCAGAAUGGAAGGAUCUAUUCUAGAUAUUUGUGUGUGGUUAUUUAUUUAUUGUUUCAUUUAUUUAUUUGAAAAGCGUAAAUCAGGGUGACAUUGCUUCUGGAGAAGUGGAUUAUUUUGCUGUCGUUUCCCCAGGUUCAGGAUGAUGAUGUGUGACGAGAGCGCGCUAACACAUUUUGUAGCAGACUCAGACUCGUGUUGCUCAACAUACUUACAUACAGUAUAUACCAUAUUUUGAUCAGCUGGAUCACAACUGUGUGUCGUGUAAAUUACUUUUUUUUUUCCUUCCUCCUCCGUCUGUCACAGUCGAGCGUGACAGGAGAGGAGAGGAGGUGUUUUUUUCUUUUUCAACAGCAUGCUGGUGAGCAGCACCAUGUCCUCAUCACUGUGCUGUCCAUCACAGAGUGUUUACAUUCUGCCAUCAGAGAGCUGUUAUCAUACACGUCUCCUAUCCCGCAGUGACUGUGUGUGUGUGUGUGUGUGUGUGUCUGCUGCACUGGUUUGAUGGCAAGUGCACUUUAUUGACGACCUUGAAUCAACCUCCACUAGCUUUACGAAGCCCCAAAACUAAGCUUGUUUUUGUCCCUUACAUGCACUAUAUGUCUUUGUACACGCAAAGGUUGCGUCGCACGUUGUGUUGUGAAGAGCUGACCUCAGCUGUUCCGUCUCUGCCAAACUCAGAGAUCUACAGACGAUACGGCGACAAAAUGCUCCCUCCUGUGUGAACAGAGUGUCAGUGUGAUCGACUCUUAAUCAAACAAAGCCCCCUUAGGACGCUGGGAUCCUUCUGCAUAAGCAGCAUAAGCAUCAUUUCUCAUAAACACGCUUACACGUACAUGGACGAGGCUUAAGAUUGUUUGCGAAUGUAAAUUUGUGUGUGUUUUGCUGAAAGGGUUUGUGGGUUGUGGCAGGGUCAUGAGUUGGGCGGCGUUUUUUUGUUUUGUGAGCGUUAAGUGUACGAAAACACUGCUGCCGUGAUAUCAGAUGAGAUCCGGAUGUGCUAUAGAUCUGUGCAAGUGCUGUCAACCUCCUUCAGAACUAGCUGACUUGAACCUUUUUGUAUUUGAUUGCCCUUUACUACAAGUCAUGUUCAUUUAGUGUGUGUGUGUGUGUGGGUCUGACCUGAAUGUAAAGAAAAAACAACAAUAAUAAACAUUUUACUUCACAACGAUGAACACGAUCAUUCUGCAUUUAACAUGUUCAGUAAAGACUACUUCAUCUGUGCCAAUACUAAUAUUUUAUUUAUUUUUAUGUCGUUGACUUGUACUUGUAUGUAGCCCUUACUAGCUUGU